GAGCCGCCGCCGCCGCCAGCAGCAGCAGCAGCAGCGGCAGCAGCAGCAGCCUCGGCUCCUCCUCGCGCCCGCCCGCUCGCCCGCCCUCCCCUCCCUCCCGCACGGCAGCCGCGCUCGCCCAGCGGACGGGGUGUAAGGCAGCGACGUCGGCAGGAGCAUGGCCCGCACCAAGCAGACCGCCCGCAAGUCCACCGGCGGCAAGGCGCCCCGCAAGCAGCUCGCCACCAAAGCCGCCCGCAAGAGCGCGCCCUCUACUGGCGGGGUGAAGAAGCCGCACCGUUACAGGCCGGGUACCGUGGCUCUCCGUGAAAUCAGGCGCUAUCAAAAGUCGACCGAACUUUUGAUCCGCAAACUUCCCUUCCAGCGCCUGGUGCGUGAAAUUGCUCAGGACUUCAAAACAGAUCUGCGCUUCCAGAGCGCUGCCAUCGGUGCUUUGCAGGAGGCAAGUGAAGCCUACUUGGUUGGCCUGUUUGAAGAUACCAACCUGUGUGCUAUCCAUGCCAAACGUGUCACAAUCAUGCCAAAAGAUAUCCAGCUAGCACGCCGCAUACGUGGAGAGCGUGCCUAAACUUCACCAUGAUGGGUUUGUCAUUCUCGAAGCAAAAUCUUCUUCCUGUUAUUGGUAGUAAUGAACGUUAGAUAUUUUUUCCAUGGGGUUAAAAGGUACCUAAGUAUAUGGUUGCAAAUGGAAAAAUAGGGGACAGAAUUGGGUAUUGGCAAGUUUUUUUCCAUUUUCAUUUGUGUGUGGAUUUUUAAUAUAAACGAGGGGACAUAAAACAUCAAUGCGGUCAAAAAAAUGUUUCAGUGAACAAGUUUCAACAAUUCAACUUUAUAAAAAAAAUUAUAAAUAAACCUGUCAAAUUUUUCUGGACAAUGCCAGCAUUUGGAUUUUUUUAAACAAGUAAAUUUCUUAUCAAUGGCAACUAAAUGGUGUUUGUAGCAUUUUUAUCAUACAGUAGAUUCCAUCCAUUCACUAUACUUUUCUAACUGAGUUGUCCUACAUGCAAGUACAUGUUUUUAAUGUUGUCUGUCUUCUGUGCUGUUCCUGUAAGUUUGCUAUUAAAAUACAUUAAAUGA